UCUGCUGUUCCUGAGGAAGGAUGCACGAGCAUUACAUAAACGUAUAAGCCUGUGACCUCCACAUGUAUAUCAAGCACAUCCUUAUUUGCGUUCUCUUCUUUUUUCCUUUCGUUCCCACUCUGUCAUAUAGGGCAUAUUGCAGUGACAUUUGGAUGUCGUCCAGAUCUGAGACAGAUCCAGAAAUAUUAAGUAAGGGUUCGUGGUCAAGUCAUUACGGCCCGAAUAUGUGCGAUGCGAACGACGUGCUAGCUGAAGAGACCCAGAGACCUGGUUGUGACCAAUCCGUAAGCACUAUCAUUACGGCUAACAUAAAGCUACAGUCUGGGUAGAACAUGGAUGAAGCCCAGGUACAUACCCUUGAUGAUGUGUACUGAAAUGAUUACCAACAGCCUGAGAGUUGAAAGUCUUUCCCCCACUUGAAGUGCCACGCAAAAG